GGGGACACUCGCUGAAAAGCAGUCAACAUGAUGAGGACUGGCUUUGUGAUUCUCUGUGUGAUUCUGUCGCAGUUAUUGCCUAGCAUCUUAGCUAUCCGCGUCCACUGCCGCCACACGGAGCGUAUUCAUGAGGAGAACAUUCACCAUUGCUGCCAGCAUCCCGAUGGUCAUAACGAUGUUACUGAAUCGUGCGCCAAACAAACCAAUUUCCAUUUGCCGAAUCCCAACGAGGAGGCCAUAGAGGAUGUGACCGUGGACCAGGCCAUGAUGGGCACCUGCUGGGCCAAAUGUGUUUUUGAUCAUUACAAUUUGAUGGAGAAUGGUACCUUGGACAUGAUUAAGGUCAGAUCCUACUACAAGAGAUACCACAAGACGGAUCCAGAGUAUGAGACAGAAAUGCUGAAUGCUUACGAGAAGUGUCAUUCGCUGACCGAAACAGCCACUGAGCAGUUCCUGUCGCUGCCAAUAGUAAGGACCUUUGGUACGGCCAAAUUCUGCAAGCCCACUUCCAGCAUCAUCAUGUCCUGCGUGAUCUAUAACUUCUUCCAUAGUUGCCCGAAGAAUCGUUGGUCCAAUACCACCGAAUGCCAGGAAACAUUGGCUUUUGCCAAGAGAUGCAAGGAUGUGCUGACCACCAUGUAAACAUUUGUAAAUAAUUGUUAUAAUAAUUCAAUAAAUGGCGAAGAAAAGAAAUUUUGGAAAAGGACAAAAUAUUGAAAAG